CAAUUCUGUACCAUGGCUAGUGAAAACAGUCAACAAUUCAGUAAUUACCACAUACCACCUGAGCAUAUGCAAUCCAGUGGCAUUCAAAAGUGGACCAUGUCAAAGUGAAACAAGUGCUUGUAGAAGUGUUGGGGAUACUUCAGAAAAGAUCGGAACUUUUACAAAUGAUCUUAAUAUAACUGAAGAUCAUGAGAAAGGGGAAUUCCAGCUCCAUAUGCAUGGUGAUGAUUGCACUCAUACACCUGGACAGAAGUUAAAGACAAUUAUAAUAUUCAAAUGUGGGAAAACAUUGGGUUCACCAGAUUUCCUUGAAUCAUAUGGCUGUGAAACAUAUUUUGAGUGGCAUACUUCAGUAGCUUGCCUUGAGAAGCCCCCUGUGGAGAAGGAAGUCAGAUGCUAUGUAUAUGAUACUAAUGGAAAAAAGAGAGAUUUAAAUCCACUUAUUAAAGAUAGAGGGGGACACCUAAUUGAUUCAUCUGGAGACAGAGACAUCUAUAUAAACAUUUGCAGAGAUAUAAUUCCAGAUGGCCCAACUAGUACAUGUUCCAAGGGGUCCAGUGGAUGUAUAAUUCAGCAUGGAACUGCUACUACCAUUGGUAAACCAAAAGGACCCCUUACAAUAACUGCUGAUGGUAAGCUAAGAUUGGAGUAUAACAUAGCAGAGGAGGACAAACCUGAACAUUGCAGUCAGACACCAAGUACUGCCGUGACAUUAGAAUGCCCAAAGGAGGGUGGGGGCAAGACCCCAUUGCUGAUCUCAGAUCAAGACUGCCAUUAUGAGAUAGUAUGGGUGACAGAGUAUGCCUGUCCGGUGGAAGAAAUGACAUCUAACACCUGUCAGCUGACCAGUCAGGAGAGAGGAUUCAACAUUGACCUUAGGCCUUUAACUAAUCCAACUGGUACUGACCAUCCUACCAGAGUGGAGGUGAAAGAAAAGGAUAAAACCUACACUUACUAUCUGAAUAUUUGUGGAGAGCUGGGGAUCGAGUGCCCAGAUGAUGAACAUAAGAAAGAUAUUGCUGCUUGCCAGAUGGAUCUUAGUAACCCUUCUUGGGGCCAUAGUUUGGGUUCAGUAAAACAUCAACAGUUAAGAUAUUCAGAUGGAGAUAUUUCUCUAACAUAUAAAGGCGGAGACAAAUGUUCCAAUCAUUUUCAGCGUACUACCAUCAUACGUUUCCAUUGCAAUGAAACUGCAGGUAAUGCUGGUAAAGGGUCACCUGUAUUUGACUCUGAGAACAACUGUACCUAUAUAUUUGACUGGGGUACUAAGAAUGCUUGCUUAAAGCACACUCUUGCAACUACAUGUAGUGUACAACACGGGAAGAAAAGAUUUGACCUCUCCAGCCUUGUUAAAACUGAAAGUAAUAAUUAUGUUGGGGCCAACUGGGAGGCUUUAGAUGGCCACCAUGAACACAUAGAUUCGGAUGAGGGACAAUAUUUCAUCAAUGUGUGUCAUGGCAUUCUACGUCAAGGUGAUGCCCAGAAUUGUCCUGAGGGUUCAGCUGUUUGCCUCAAAGCCCACGAUGGGACCAAAAAGAACCUUGGUCAGUACCUUGACAGUCCCACCUAUGAUAAUGUCACUAAUACAAUAAAACUGGUAUACAAGGAGGGUGAAACAUGUGACACGGGAAAGAAAAUAGAAACUAGUAUAACACUAGUGUGUCGUCCAGGUGACUUAGAGGGUGCCCCAGUCCUGAUUCGUAAAUCACUGGAUGAGUGUAUGUAUGAGUUUGAGUGGCACACAGCCGCAGCCUGUAUGUCUGGGACUUGGACAGGGAAAGAUUGUAAAGUCAACAAUCCUGAAAUGGGUGUGAGUUUUGAUCUGUCGAGAUUGACAAAAGUUGGUGAUCAGGCUUACUAUAAUGUAACCCGGGGCACAGAAAGUAGUGCACAUCUCUACCUGAUCAACGUAUGUGGAGAGGUUAAAGGCACAGCAUGUAAUACAGCUGGCAAAAUAUCUGCAGCUGGAUGUCAAGUUGAGAAAGCUGGACAAAAUCCUCCACACAGUACUGGCAAGUCCAGUUCCAUUAUUACAUAUCACGAUGGCUUGCUCAAUUUGACCUAUAUAGAUGGCGAUGACUACAAGUCAACACCACCUAUUCCAAGGAGAACAGAAAUCGCAUUCCUGUGUGAUGAAAAGGCUGGAAAAGGAGAGCCAGAAUUCCUACACGAGGGAGAACACACAUACAGUUUCAAGUGGCAAACAGCUUUAGCAUGUCCAGGGGCCCCUGUAGAGUGUAUUGUGACUGAUGAAAUCACACACAAACAGUAUGACUUGUCUAGUUUAUCAAUGUCUGAAGACCAAGAGAAUUGGUCAGUUGUUGAUGAUGCAGACAAAUCCAAGAAACGCAAGUUCUAUCUUAACGUCUGUCGCCCUGUCAACCCAGUGCAUAUUGGGAAGGGGUGUGAUGUCACGGCUGCCUCUUGUCUUACAACUGCUGAGGGAUCUUCUGAUUUCACAAUUACAAAUUCAAAUCUUGGUCAGGCAACGUCAAGGCCAUCUAUAGUCAAUGAUGGGAACUUGAUGUUGAAAUACGAUCAUGGUGCAGAUUGUACACUAAUCAAUGGUACAGUUGUACAAACCUCUAUGACGAUACAUUUUGUUUGCAAAAAAGGAUCGUUGUCCACCGGGCCAAGGUACAUCCAACAAUUUGACAACUGUGAGUUUUCAUUCAUGUGGGAGACAGAAGCAGCAUGUCCAAUAGAAGAUACAGAGACAAAGGUUGAAGAGCCUUGUACAGUGAAAGAUAAGAAUUCAGAGUACACGAUCAAUCUGCAACCACUGAUGAAGAAAGGCUCAGAUGUGUAUUCUGUACCAAGUGAAGGUGGAAAAAGGGUCUUUAAGCUUAAUGUAUGUGGACCAAUCAACAUUGAUGGCUGUGGAAAAAUUGGAGAAAAGGCAACAUCGGUUUGUGAAAAGAAACAAGAUGGCUACCAUCCAGUUACACAAGUUUCCGACAAACUAGAAUUCUCAGAUGAUGGGCAGCUAACAUUAACCUAUGAAGGAAAUGUAGAUGCAAUAAGUGGAAAAAAGAAACAAGUCAGAAUAACAUUUUUGUGUCGUCGUGACAUUCCACUUGGGGAGCCAACAUUCAUAAGAGAGGAAAGUAAUCUGCUUGUGUUUAAUUUCGAGACUGCCCUCGCCUGUCACCCAGAGCCUAUUGACUGUUUUGUGUCUGAUGAGAAGGGACAGCAGUAUGAUUUGACCCCUCUCGGGAGAAUCGAUACAAACUGGCUGGUUGUCGACACACGUCAAGAUCAUAAAGAUUUGAAAUAUUAUAUCAAUGUAUGCCGCCCAAUCAAUCCAAUAGAUAAUGCAACAUGCCCAGGAGGACCUAUAGGAGGGUGCCAGACCUCAAAUGGAGGCCAGUCAUACAAUAUGGGUUACAUCCAAGGCAAGCCAGCAGCUGCAAGUGAUGGUUCACUGAGUAUACGGUAUAUGGGAGGAUCAGUGUGUCAUUCUAAAGAUCCAGCUCACAAAGGUCAUCGCAGCACAAGGAUUAACUUCUAUUGCUCUGAAAAUGAACAAGACCCUUCAUUUGAAGAAGAGACACCUGGUUGUGAGUAUGUGUUCAACUGGCGCACCCCAACUGCCUGCCCCUUGAAGAGAGUGAUUGGCCAGGAUUGCAAGGUCACAGAUCCUCUAUACAACUAUGAGUUCAACCUUGGCCAUUUAAAGAAAAUGGCUGGAAAUUAUGAGUCUAAAACUGACGAUUAUAAGUUCUUGUUGAAUGUAUGUGGUCCAAUUAAUGAUGGCACUGGGAGUUGCGCUGGAGUGGGAAGUUGUCAGACAAAACAAUCUGACGAUAGCUUUAUGGUAGAUGCAGGAAAGUCCAACCAAGCCCUGAUUUAUGAUGAUGGAGAGAUAACAUUGAAGUAUGACAAUGGAAAAGGAUGCCAUUCCAACAAGUUUAACAGGACGACAAUUCUUACAUUUACUUGCGACAAUUCCAAGUUUGGUGCAGCAAAUGGUCCAACAUUUUUGGAAGAAAGGGACGACUGUACCUACAUGUUUGAGUGGCCCACUGCAUUGGUUUGCCCUCCUUUCAAACUGGGCGAAUGCAGCACUAGGGAUGAUAAAGGGAAUGAGUAUGACCUCAGCCUGUUGAUUCUUACAAAUGACAACUAUGAGGUUGAUGAAAUCCAGACAACACCUAGAAUGAAGUUUGUACUGAAUGUGUGUACUAGUGUCAUUCAUAAAAAAGGUAUUACCUGCCCACACAAUGCAGCAGCUUGUAUGGUAAACCUAGAUGAAAAAGAUCCAAAGAAAAAGUAUCACAACAUUGGAGAGUUGAACAGCCAUCCUCUGAAAUUAGACAAUGGUGGUAACCUGUUGCUGACAUAUACCAACGGUGAAGACUGUACAACAGGAGACUCUACCAAGAAAACUGAGACCGUCAUACAUCUACACUGCGACAUUGAACAGAUAAGUUCCCAACCCCAAUACUCCUACAAAGAGAAUUGUCAAUAUCAUUUCACAUGGUUCAGUAAGGUGGCGUGUCCUUUGAAGUCAACAGAUACUUCCACUAAGCCUAAAGGAGAUUGUACUGCUAAAAAUCCUGAAACAGGAUAUACAUUUGACCUCAAUAGACUGCAUACAACUGAUGGAUAUGAGGUGUCCCAUAAGGAUGAACAUAAGAUCAAGUUUAAUGUGUGUGGGCCCAUUGACAAUUCUGCAUGUGGAGAAAACACUGGAGCUUGUCAGGAGGAAACAAAAGCGGGUGGUAAACAUUGGAAAGCAGGGGAAGCAAACUCAGAUCUUCGCUACAAUGAAGGCGUUCUAACACUCUCAUACAAAAACGGCGAAAUAUGCCAUCACAAUAACCAAUCAAGGACUACGAUAAUUAACUUUGUGUGUGGUUCAGAAGGUUCUGGAACAGGACGUCCUCAGUUCGUGGAUGAGACAGACGACUGCACAUAUUUCAUUUCAUGGCACACGGAGCUGGCUUGCGAAAAAAGG